AUGGCCGAGCCAACAUCUCGUACCGAAGCAAGACGAAAAUCCACAGACAUCAUAAAGAAAAAACAAGCUGAGAGCCUAGCGGGGCUCCCCCCAAGCACCCUCCACAUCAGCCUCUAUAUCCGCUCCGACCCACCCCUCCCCAACGACUUCCACUGGGCCUUCUACCUCCACAAAGGCACUAGCUCCACACCUGGAGGGAACAAAUACCAUGCACGAGGCAUCGGCGGUGGAUGGAUUGCUGGACACGAAGUUACAACGGGGAUAUUCACAGAGAAUUUCCUAUGUGUGAUCAUUCAAAUCGCAACGAUUCCUCCAUCAGUGCACGAACGUGUAGAUAAGAUCAUGAGGAGCUACGAUGAUUGUCAAGUCGCGGGUUUCUUCUUGAGAUGGCAAUGGGUCUGA